AUGGGUAACCCAUGGCUUGGUGGAUUUACUACAACUAUAAAAUGUCUAGCACUUUUACAUAUUGUUCAUUCAAGAUAUUAUGAAUUUACUCAAACAAAAGGGGAAUCCAUGCUGCCUACAUUGAACCGGAUAAACGAUUAUGUCCAUGUUUCUAAAUGGUAUAGAAAUGGCAGAGAUUGUCGAAUGGGUGAUUGUAUAGUAUUAUAUAAACCUAAUGAUCCAAAAAAAAGAGUUUGUAAACGAAUAACAGGCAUGCCUGGAGAUUACAUCUUGGUUGAUCCAUCAUUGGAUGAUCCUAAUGCAAGGUCUACAUAUAUUAAAGUUCCUAAGGGUCAUGUAUGGGUUACUGGGGACAAUUUAGCGCACUCUCUGGACUCCCGAUCGUAUAAUGUUGUGCCUAUGGGAUUAAUAGUAGGUAAAAUAAUUGCUGCAAACGAUUUUAAUAAGCCUGUAUGGGAUCCUGAUUUAAGGAUUUUAUUUGGAUUUAGGUGGAUCAUUAAUAACUUUGAACAUAUAUAA